ACGGGUUUUGUAAACAUUAGUUCUCGGGUUUGACUAGUUCCGUUUGACCAGUUUGACCACCAACUUUUCGCUAUUUCCGGCCACUUUCCCGCGCCGGCUGCCCGCGUAUGAAUGUGUUGAUCUUGUGUGCUGAUGAGUCGCCAAAAUGGGAGACGUCUUCUGCCUCGUCAUAUUACAAAACGGCAAUCGGCGAAAGCUGAAGCUGGCGACGGGUACCUACGCGGAGUUCCUGGAGAAACUGACGGCAAUCGUGGAUGUCAAUCUCGAAAACACGCUGAUUCAGAUGUUUGACACCGACCUGGAUGACUUUGUCGACCUUGUACCUGAAGACGAAAUUCCAAACAAAGCAAAGCUACGCGUCGUCUCAAGGAGUGUUUCAGUUCUAUGCAAUGCAGCAGUGGCUACUGGUGGUCAGUACGUCGCGCCCUCUUGUCCACAAAAUCCGAUCCUGACACAAACUGAAGACGCACCGUCUGCAGUUCUGUCCUACAGGCAAGUGAGCGGCAGUGAUGAGAUGCAAGUUGAUAACACUGCCAUAAGCCACACGUCAAUGCACGACAGCGAUGACUCUGUCAACUUCGUGCUGCCUCCAUCCUUCGGCAUCUGGUGCGACACUUUUUUGCGGAGCAAGCGGCCAGUCACUGCAAAAGUCAAGACGCACAUCAUCUCUGUUCUCUGCAAGGCUUGCUACAGGAUGACUCCAUAUCCAACACCAAGGCUGUACAACCAGGUACUUGACUCACUGGUGGCAAAGUACCCACACGUGAUGGAAGGAAAGUACAACAGGCGCCGCUGGUUGAUCGCCCUGAGGAGCUGGUUCAAAAGUGAACGCGAGAACCUCACAGUGGCUUCAGCUGCUGCGGUCGAAGCGCAGGAAACGUCUGGAAUCGACCUGUCGCAGGCCGAUGCCGACGACGAGCACACCUACGCUCACGCACAGCAUGCGCUUGCCAACAAGAAGACGCCAUCGAGUUCAUCAGCCAAUUCGUGUGUCUCUGAGGACAAGUCAAUCCAGAAGGAGCAUCUCAGUGAGUUCAUGAACACGUCUGCUCACGCCGCUGAGGCCGAUAUAGCCGGUGAUUCAGAAGCCACGCCUUUGGACUCCGUGGUGGCGUGCCCUGUGUCAGACCCGACGGAAUGUCUGGAGAUGAGCGAACACUUUGAGGACGAUGAGGAAUUGAUUGAUUGCCCGGACCGUUCCGACGCCGCGCUGGAGGAUGUCACCGUGUCCAGCCUGCUCGGAAUGUGCACUGAUGAAAAAGCGUCGGAGGCACUGAUGGCACAGCUAGAGAGUCGGGCUUCUCUGGACGAUAGUGAAAGCUGUGAUGAACCAACAGAGGAAGUCAGGCACUCAAAAAGCGAACAAAUCAAAGGAGCCGUGGGUGGUGUGUUUCAGAAAAAUCCACGCGUUUCAAAUGGCAAAAGAAAAGCAGGAAAGAUCGUUUUGAAGGACUGCGUGGAGCUGGAAGAAGAAACUUCUGAAGGAAACGGAAUGGGCUCCCCCUUAAUGACAAAGUUGUAA